UUUUCAGAAGUAUUUGUUGGUUGUUUAAAUAUUUAUUAUUAUUGUAAUUUCUUGCGUUUAAGUUUCUUUUUAAAUAGUCAUUAAAGAAACAUGCCAAAGAGAGCCUAUCCUUUCGGCGAAAGCUUCUCUUUGCAGUACAAAAUUCACAUUGGACAGAAAGAAGUGAACCAGGGUGUAUUUGGAAACGCGUACAGACAAGAGAUCUACGCGAAAACGAAGGGUUUGCUGUUCAGUGGCGCCAAGGCCGUUAUGGAGAGGAUCUGGAAGGCGGGAUCCGGUGUCGGAGUCGAUCCGGAUGAUUCUUCUCCUCGCCUGGCAGUGGCGGUCACCCCCACUCUGUUGAGGGGGCAGACGUUGAUAGGGCACGAUGGCAAACUGAGGAAAUGCGACACUCGUUCUGGUGCAGGUACCCGUGAUGCUCCUGGAACGUGCUGUGUGUGUCUGAAAGCAGCUGGCGUGAAGGCACACUGUGCGCAGUGCGAUCGCUCUGCCUGCCCAAGCUGCAGUCGGCAAUGCAGCAGCUGUACCAGCCUGUGCUGCUCUGUAUGCACCAUGGUAGAUUACAGUGACCGGUAUGACAGAGUGCUGUGUUGUGACUGCUCUGCCUGAUCAAUGGGGAAAUGCCUUGGAUCGCCAGAUGAAAAGCAAUAAACUGGACUUCUGCUUCCAUUGUUUGCUUUUGCACCUGGAAAUGCUGUGGACUGCAGUUGCAGGUUUUAAUGCAUGUUCUGUAUAAUAAACUUUGUAAAUAUUUUUAUUUUUUGCCAAAUAAAUGUACGUUACCUUUCUCAUA